AUGUCAAUCGGAUAAUAAGGAUAAGUUUCUAUCAUGAAUAUUUUACCGACGCAGCUAGCGUUUGAUGAGUAUGGAAGACCCUUUAUUAUUUUGCGUGAUCAAGAUAAACAAUCUCGUUUAACUGGAAAAGAUGCUCAUAAGUCUCACAUCUUGGCAGCUAAGUCAGUUGCCAAUGUGAUCAAGACAUCUUUGGGCCCCAAAGGGCUGGAUAAAAUGAUGGUUGGUCCUGAUGGUGAUGUAACUAUUACCAAUGACGGCGCCACUAUCUUAGAUUUAAUGGAUGUUGAUCAUCAGAUUGCUAAGCUAAUGGUUCAGCUAUCCAAAUCACAAGAUGAUGAAAUAGGAGAUGGAACUACUGGUGUUGUUGUCUUGGCUGGUGCUUUGCUGGAACAGGCAGAAAAGCUAUUAGACAGAGGUAUUCAUCCCAUCCGUAUAUCUGAUGGUUAUGAAAUGGCGGCUAAAAUUGCCACUGAGAAAUUGGAGAAAAUUAGUGAAACAUUCAAAGUUGAUCUGACUGAUAAGGAACCAUUGAUCCGUCUUGCAAUGACUACAUUGGGUUCUAAAAUAAUCAACAGGUGUCAUCGUCAAAUGGCAGAGAUAGCAGUGGAUGCUAUUUUGUCUGUUGCAGACUUUGAUCGUAAAGAUGUUGAUUUUGAAUUGAUUAAAGUGGAAUCCAAAGUAGGAGGCAAACUAGAAGAUACAAUGCUAGUGAAGGGAGUUAUAAUUGACAAAGAUAUGAGCCAUCCUCAAAUGCCAAAGGAAGUGAGAGAUGCUCGCAUUGCAAUAUUGACCUGUCCCUUUGAACCACCCAAACCCAAGACAAAACACAAGUUGGAUGUGACAAGUGUAGAAGACUAUCAUAAGUUGAGGGAAUAUGAAAAGGAAAAGUUUGAUUCAAUGGUCCAGCAGGUAAAAGAUACUGGUGCAAAUUUAGUUAUCUGUCAGUGGGGCUUUGAUGAUGAAGCAAAUCACUUAUUGUUACAGAGAGAGUUACCUGCUGUACGAUGGGUUGGAGGCCCUGAAAUCGAAUUGAUUGCCAUUGCUACUGGAGGCAGAAUAGUUCCACGAUUUGAAGAGUUAACAACAGAGAAAUUAGGAAAAGCUGGUCUGGUCAAGGAAUUGGUAUUUGGAACCACUAAAGAUCGCAUGCUGGUUAUUGAAGAAUGCCACAACUCAAGGGCUGUCACUAUCUUUAUUCGUGGAGGGAAUAAAAUGAUUGUAGAUGAGGCUAAGCGCAGUAUUCAUGAUGCUCUGUGUGUUAUUCGUAACAUUGUCAGGGAUAACAGAAUAGUUUAUGGUGGAGGUGCUCCUGAAAUCUCUGCAUCUCUUGCCAUCCAAGAAGCAGCUGACAAGAUUUCCACACUAGAACAGUAUGCUGUCAGAGCUUUUGGGGAAGCUUUAGAAAGUGUACCUCUAGCUCUGGCUGAAAACAGCGGCCUGUCUCCUUUCCAAACACUUGCUGAAGUGAAGUCCAGACAGGUGAAAGAGAACAAUCCAUUCUUAGGCAUUGAUUGUCUGAACAGAGGAACUUGUGAUAUGAAAGAACAACAUGUCAUUGAAACACUGACUGCUAAGAAACAACAAAUUUUGUUAGCUGCACAGUUAGUAAGGAUGAUUCUCAAAAUUGAUGACAUUCGUGCACCAAAUGAUCAUAUGUAACUUAUAUAUGUAUGAAAGAUGUGAUUUGUGAAUGCUUUUUUUUUUUUUUUUUUUACUUCAGGUUUUUUAAUUAAAACACAACUGCAGUUUGUAUUGCAUUUUUUUUUUCAGUGAUACAUUUGUUUUCAUUUUAUUAAAAGUUUUUAUAAAAACAA